CGAUGAUCGGGUAAAAAAACAUGCGGAUCUUCUCAGUGACGCUGUAAAUCUCCGGAAUAAACUACGCGAUCCUGUACCAAGUGACAAUCUCUAUGCCCAUCUACCUCAAUUCACGGACCAAGAGCUUGUCGUCCAUCAACAAGGUGGUGAACCUGCCGGGCCUGACGUGUUUGCAUCUGCGGAACACGCUAUAGGAGAGAUGAUUUUGCGUCCAGCAGCUUACCACGCAAAAUAUGCUAGCCAGGAGUUGAGCCUCCUUUUCCA